AUGUCUGUACAAGGUGUAUCUAACUCACAUACUUCACCGUGUUCUGUAUUGAACCGAUCAAGAAAAUCAUCUAGACCAGCCAACUACGAUAUCAAAAUUAAUGUGGAUGAAAUUCUCGUUAAGUAUGUUGGAGAGUGUGGAGUUUGGCAGUGGGGUAUUGUUUUGUUAUUAGUUUUAAGUUCUCCGUCAAUGGCAACGCUUCCAGUAUUUGUGAAUGCAGUCCCACAUCACCGUUGCAGGAUGGAAAACUCUGUGGAAAAGUUGUUCAAAUAUUAUAACCUCAGUUUCGGUGAAGCAGCUGCACUCACUGGUCCGUGGGAAGAUGAAGUUCCUGUAACACAUAUGGGUUGUUCGCGGUUCGCUCUCGACUGGAGUAACACGAGCUUUGUUGAGAACCUACUCUUGAAUAAGUCAGCAACUUCGCUCAAUAAUCGUGAGUCCUUACAGACUGAAGAAUGCAUUCAUGGAUACGUUUAUGCAAGUAAAAUGUUUCAGUAUCCCAGUACUGUAGUAGAGGAAUUUAACCUAGUAUGCGAAAGUAGCAUUCUAUCACCUCUUGGAAUCUCACUUUUCCUGGUAGGAAUGUUGUUUGGAUUUAUUCUCGGAGGUUUUAUUGGUGAUAAGUUUGGCAGGCGACGCGGAGCAAUAGGUUUUUCGCUUAUUGAAGUUCUUGCAGCGAUAGGUGUUUCUUUGGCGCCAAAUCAUCAUGUAUAUCAUCUAAUGAGGACAAUUGUUGGAUUUUCGAGUACAGGUAAAGCUGUCGUUGUACGAGUCUUACCAAUGGAGUUAACUAUUGCCAAAUACCGAUCCUACUUCACAUCAUUCAAUAUUUUAGGAGUUGUAUUUGCUCACCGAGCUGCAAUGUCUGGUAUCGCUUAUAUGGUCCAGGAUUGGCGUCUUUUAAAUGCUUUAUCAAUGUUACCAUGUCUUGCAUGUUUCACCUUCUUCUGUCUUCUACCUGAAUCACCAAGAUGGCUCUUAUCACAGUGUCGUGUAGAAGAAGCUGUCAAGGUACUGAGGAAUGGUUGUCGCAUCAAUCACAUAUUUAAAAAAGACAGUUCAAAGUUAUCUUAUUUUGACCAUUUACUCAACGAUGUAUCAAAGACAAAUGUUUACAAGAGAAAACUAUCUGUUCCCCGUGAACCUAUAAAUUUUUCUAAACGAUGUAUUAUUUUUUUUAAAUCAUUCAAGAAAACUUUUUUCAAUGCUCAACAGGGUAAAACUCUUUCAAUAUGUGUUCUAUUAUUUAUUUCACAUUCUCUUGGAUUUCUUGGUGUUACACUAUAUAGUAAGUAUAUUAAUGAUAAUAUUUAUAUUGUAACCCUUAUAAAUGCAUCAACUGCUAUCCCUGGACCAAUUAUUGCAAGUAUCACCUAUAGAUGUUUUAAGUAUCGACGUAUCCCAUUGAUAACCAUCUAUGUCAUUUCUGGUUUAUCAAUGUUUAUUGGUGGAAUCUAUACCUUAUUAUGGAAACCAGUAACUGAUAUUGUAUUGAAUGUAUGCUGUAAUCUUGCUCUUGUUAUGUAUUCUGCUUCAAUGAUUAUGAUAUUAAUUUACUCUGCUGAACUAUUUCCAUCCUAUAUGAGAACACGUGGUGUAGGCAUAUCAUCUGGUUUAGGUAGAAUUGGUGGAAUAAUUUCAACAUUUGUAAACUAUACAGAUUCUUAUCUUGGACAUGGUAUCCCUGUAUUGAUUUAUUCAGGUUCAGCAAUAUUUCAAGCUAUUCUAUUAUGUUUUUUACGUGAUACAAAUGGUGAAGAUCUACCUGAUGUUGAAGUAAGCAUAGAUUCGAAAACUUCUAGUAAUAUUCAAGGUACAACUAAGAAAUCUGAUGGGGAUGGAGAAGAGGGUGAAGAAAAUAUAACUGAUUAUAACACAUGA